AUCCUAUCCUCUUCAACCCAAAUUACAAUAUAUCACUCACUUCUUCAAAACUUAUGUUUCUUUCUUCUCACACUCUUUUCUCCACACUCUUCAUUCUUCUUCUUCUUUAUCAAUCUUUAUAACACCUUUUUUAGUAUAAAAUCUCCUUUUACCACCCAAAGUUUUGGAUUGCUGAUGAGUUUUCCAAACUAGUGCUCUCAACUUUCUAUGCAAAAAAAAAAAAAUUACCUUUUGUGUGUGUGGCAGUGUGCAGAAAAAAUGCCUCCAAGAUCAGGAAAAGGGAAAUCAAAUAAAGCAAAAGCAGAGAAGAAGAAAAAGGAAGAGAAAGCAGCAGCACCUUCUCUUGUUGACAUCAAUGUGGUGACUCCAUAUGAUACCCAAAUUCUCUUGAAGGGUAUCUCGACUGAUAAGAUACUCGAUGUGAGGAAACUAUUGGCUGUGAAGGUGGAGACAUGCCAUUUCACAAACUAUUCUUUAUCUCAUGAGGGUAAAGGUCAUAAAUUAAAUGACAGAGUGGAAAUUGUUACCCUAAAGCCAUGUCUUCUGAGAAUGGUUGAAGAGGAUUACACAGAGGAGGCCCAAGCAGUUGCGCACGUGCGGAGGGUCUUGGAUAUUGUGGCAUGCACAACAAGGUUCGGUAGGCCCAAAAGGAGUUUACCAAGCCCAGAAUCGAGGCCCAAGAAAAACGGGAAGGCCCAACACCAGAACAAGACGAGUUUGAGCCCACCUGAAACACCGAAUGGGGAAUCCCGGGUCGGGUCACCAUCGUCGGAGGCGCCACCGUCGGCGAUCUCCGACAAUGUGGGGAUGAAGGCCAUUCACCCGACGCCGAAGCUCUCAGAUUUCUACGAGUUCUUCUCCUUGUCUCACCUCUCUCCCCCCAUUUUACAAUUGAAGAGAUGUGAAGUGAAGGAUGAAGAUGAUAGGCGCAAAGGGGAUUACUUUCAGCUUCAGGUUAAAAUAUGCAAUGGGAAGGUAAUAGAAGUAGUUGUUUCAGAGAAAGGGUUUUACACUGUGGGGAAGCAGUCUCUGCACAGCCACACCUUGGUUGAUCUUCUGCAACAGCUCAGCCGAGCCUUUGCUAAUGCAUAUGAAUCGUUGAUGAAAGCCUUUUUGGAACGUAAUAAGUUUGGAAAUCUUCCAUAUGGAUUCCGAGCAAAUACAUGGCUUGUCCCUCCAUCUGUAGCCGAGUCUCCUUCAAGCUUUCCUUCAUUACCCGCGGAGGAUGAAAACUGGGGUGGUAAUGGUGGUGGCCAAGGAAGAAAUGGCGAAUUCGAUCUUAGACCGUGGGCAACGGAUUUUGCAAUAUUGGCUUCUCUUCCUUGCAAAACUGAGGAGGAGAGAGUAGUCAGGGAUAGAAAAGCAUUUCUUCUUCACAAUCAAUUUGUUGAUACCUCAAUAUUUAAGGCUGUUGCAGCUAUCCAGCACAUCAUGGAAUCCAACAAAAACAUGAAGAAUGAAUUGAAUUCUUCUCCGGGUGCUGUUCUGCAUGAAGAUCAAAUGGGAGACUUGUCCAUUACAGUCAAACGUGACAUCCAGGAUGGAAAUAAAAAGCAUGAUUCUUUGCAAGUUGAAUCCAUCGUGCAAAAGGAGGAUGUUCAGAAGAAUUUAAUCAAAGGAUUGACAGCUGAUGAAAGUGUAAUUGUUCAUGAUACUUCUUCCUUGACUGUCGUUGUUGUACACCACUGUGGAUAUACUGCAACAGUAAAGGUUGUGGGUAAUGUGAACAUGAGGAAGCCCAAAGUUCGAGACAUUGAGAUAGACGAUCAGCCAGAUGGUGGGGCAAAUGCUCUCAACAUCAACAGUUUGAGGCUACUGCUUCACAAGUCUGGAUCUGAUUCAUUAGAAGUGAAUGUAUCAUCCCCAUCAAUUUCGGAUGACGAAGAUGCUACUAAAAGCCUUGUUCGAAAGGUUAUUCAAGAAGGCAUAGAGAAAAUAAAGGAGGAGCCAAGUGUUUCAGAAAGGUCUAUUAGAUGGGAACUUGGUUCCUGUUGGAUGCAGCAUUUGCAAAAACAGGAAACUUCAACUGAUAACAGUUCCAAAAACAAAGAAGAUGGAAAUGACGUUGAGCAAGCUGUUAAAGGUCUUGGAAAGCAAUUUAAAUUUUUGAAGAAAAGAGAGAAGAAAUCAAAUAAUGUAGACGGUGCAGAUUCUAUAGAGCAAAAUGAUUCUAGACCCGGAGAUGUGAAUGACAAUGCUGAUAAAGUUGAGCCGAACAGUGAUGACUUGAGUAACUCAAAUGAAUUAGAGAAACUACUUUCUAAAGAAACAUUUUUGCGACUCAAAGAAUCUGGAACUGGUCUUCACACGAAGUCAGUGGAUGAGCUAAUCAGCAUGGCACACAAGUUUUAUGAUGAAGUUGCCUUGCCAAAGCUGGCUAUGGACUUUGGAUCACUUGAACUUUCUCCUGUGGAUGGGCGAACACUGACUGACUUUAUGCAUUUAAGAGGCUUAAAGAUGCGAUCUUUGGGUCAAGUGGUUAAACUUGCUGAGAAUCUUCCUCACAUACAAUCCCUUUGUAUUCAUGAGAUGAUUACUCGAGCUUUCAAGCACCAACUUAAAGCAGUUAUUGCCUCUGUUGACAAUGUAGCUGAUCUAUCUGCAGCCAUUGCAUCAACACUAAAUUUCUUACUUGGUGGGAGUCGAACAGAAGAUAAUGAUCAAAGUUUGAAUGAUGAUCAUAAUCUCAAAAUUCAAUGGCUUCGAACGUUUUUGUCCAAAAGAUUUGGGUGGACACUGAAUGAUGAAUUUCAACAUUUGAGGAAGCUGUCAAUUCUCAGAGGGCUAUGUCACAAGGUUGGAUUGGAAUUAUUCCCCAGAGAUUAUGACAUGGAGUCUAGUAAGCCCUUUGGGAAAAAUGAUAUUAUCAGCUUGGUUCCUGUUUGCAAGCAUGUAGGGUGCUCCUCAAUUGAUGGACGCAAUUUGUUGGAGGCUUCAAAAAUUGCUCUUGAUAAAGGAAAGCUUGAGGAUGCUGUAAAUUAUGGAACAAAGGCAUUGGCUAAAAUGAUGGUUGUUUGUGGACCCUAUCAUCGAAAUACUGCAAGUGCAUAUAGUCUUCUAGCUGUGGUUCUCUACCACACAGGAGAUUUUAACCAGGCCACCAUUUAUCAGCAAAAGGCCUUGGAUAUAAAUGAGAGGGAGCUUGGUCUUGACCACCCUGACACUAUGAAAAGCUACGGGGAUCUUUCUGUUUUCUAUUAUCGUUUGCAACACAUUGAGCUGGCUCUGAAGUAUGUUAAUCGUGCUCUAUUCCUUCUUCACUUUACAUGUGGGCUGUCUCAUCCAAACACAGCUGCAACAUAUAUAAAUGUGGCUAUGAUGGAAGAGGGCAUGGGAAAUGUUCAUGUGGCACUGAGAUACUUGCAUGAAGCUCUUAAAUGCAACAAAAGAUUGUUAGGAGCAGAUCAUAUACAGACUGCUGCUAGCUACCACGCCAUAGCUAUAGCUCUUUCAUUGAUGGAUGCAUUUUCUCUGAGUGUGCAACAUGAGCAAACUACACUAAAGAUACUUCAAGCAAAGCUUGGAUCAGAAGACCUUCGUACACAGGAUGCUGCGGCAUGGCUUGAGUAUUUUGAAUCAAAAGCCAUAGAGCAGCAGGAAGCAGCUAAAAAUGGAACUCCAAAGCCUGAUGCAUCCAUUGCAAGUAAAGGUCACCUUAGUGUGUCAGAUCUCUUGGAUUUUAUCAGUCCUGAUCCGAAAAGAAAUGAUGCACAGAGAAAACAGAGGCGUGCAAAGUUGCUCCCAGCAAGUGAUAACAGUCAAGAACCUGAAGAUGCAGUAGCUGAGGAGAGCAUUGUUUUUUAUGACUCAAGAGAUGCUCCAAGCAUGGUAGAAGAGAAUAUAGAAGAAACCAAUGACACACGUGAUUCUCAAAUACCAAAAGAAAAUGGUGAUUUCACAAGUUACAGGCCAGUGACAAGUGAAGUUGUUUAUGAGGCAUCCUCAGAUGAGGGUUGGCAAGAAGCAAAUUCAAAAGGGCGAUCAGGAAAUGCUGCUAACCGCAAGUUCGGCCACAAAAAGCGACCUCUUCUAUCAAAGCUCAGCAUCAAUGGUUCUAAUAAUUACAUUUACAGGGAAAGCAGUUCUAGGAAUGAGAUUACUUCACCACCACAAAGAGGAGUUCCUAGAGCAAUUUCAGACAUGUCAUCUCCGUCUAGACAACCAAAAGCUCGAAACAUCGCUUUGACCGAGGAUUCUGUUAAUUAUCCAACAAAAAAUUCUGUGUCAAAAAUUUCAUCUCCAGCAUCUCUAAGUUCCUUGGCUUCAAAGUCUAUAUCUUACAAAGAAGUAGCUCUGGCUCCACCAGGUACAGUUUUAAAGCCACUGUUGGAAAAGGCUGAGAUGGAGAAGAUUAAUGCUGAAGAUGAGACAUGCAGCAGUCUACCUGUGACAUCAACCAACGAAGGUACGUGCCGAAGUUCCAUAGUUAAUGCAGUUUCUGAGCAUGAUGAAACAGAGGAAACUCAAGAAAUUGAACCUCAACAAGAAAAUUCUGCAUUGGAAGCUGAGAAGGUUUCCCUUGCUUCUUCUGAUCAGGAAAAACCUACAGAAACAAAUGGCAGUAAGCUUUCAGCUGCGGCCAAACCUUUCAAUCCAGGAAUGUUGUCCAUGUCUCACCAUUUAAAUUCAGGUUCCUUCACUAGCGUGUAUGAUACAGAUGUUAGUCAAGGCAUGCAUGUGGAGCCAGUGUUUCCCCCUGCUGUUGCCAGGGUCCCUUGUGGACCUAGAUCACCUCUAUAUUACAGAACCAACUAUACUUUCCGCAUGAAACAUGGUUUUAGUAAAAGCCAAACACCUACCGGAGAAAGAACCGGAUUUGGAUCUCCAAGAAUAAUGAAUCCUCAUGCGCCUGAGUUUGUUCCCAGAAGUGCUUCUCAGAUAGAAACCAAUGAUUCUAAUUCAAAUGUUUCUGAUGACAUGGCAGAAAAAAAUGAAAAUUUUGCUGAAAUCAAGGCAAGUCCCACAAAAAACAGUAUUUCUGAAUCCGAGAAGUCCGAGAUAGCAAGGCAGAUAUUGCUCAGUUUUUUAGUGAAAUCUGUCAAGGAAAAUAUUGAUUCUGUGGAUGAAUCUAACAACAGUGAAGGAAAAGUUGGGAAGUUUGAAAAUUGUGAUGAUGAAGUAGCUAAAGACAGUGCUGUCAUAAACAUUAUGUAUGGAAAUGAAGAAAAGAGUAAGGCAGUGCCUCAUUCCAGUGAUAGUGAUGAGCAAGAGACAUUAGGUGUUAGUGAAAAAAAGAAUGGUGAUGAAGGGUUCAUAGUUGUCUCAAAGAGGAGGAAAAACAGGCAGAAGAUCACAAAUGGAGUCACAGAAUUGUACAACCAACAGUCCAUUUGUGCAUCAGUUCGUUAAAUAGAGUUGAGUUGAAUAACCAAUAUGGCUUCUCCAUCUGAGUGUUUGUCUGGCCAAAAGCUCUGGACAUCAUAUUGUUUAUAGUAUAUAACUUAAUGGCCUAGAAUUUUGGUCACUCAAUUCAUUUUUGUUUUCUGUCAAUAUAAUAAGUCCCUUCUGGAUUUGUUUAUUUUCUAUAUAAUAAGUUUUGUUCUGAAACUUAAGAAAUUGUUUAAUCAAUAAAAAUGCUGAUUAGCAACAUGAUUUCAGUA